ACAACAAGUUUCACCUCAACAUGAGGAAGAAGUUCUUUCCAUGGAGGGUGGCAGAGCACUGGAACAGCUGCCCAGGAAGGGUGUUUCUGGUCUCUGGAGUCUCUGGAGACAGGAGUUGUCCUGUGCAUUUGUUGGCACCAGCCGCAGUGGUGCCUCUUCAUGAAGGGCGAUACGUGACAGGGGUGUGUCCCACGUGGGUCCAAAACUCUAAUAAAUACAUUUCCUCCCCAAUCUUGAAAAGCUGUUGGGUGUUCCUUGCUGUAAAUCUCACUGCCAGAGCCUUGGGCUGCCAAGAGCAGAAGCCGACUGCACGAUGCUGAGCUCGGGUCUUCCCCCUGUUUUCCUGGUGCUCACAGUGCUGGAGCUGAGCUGGUCCCUGAGUGAGGAAGAAAAGAAGAUAAUCCUGGAUGAGCAUAACAGAUACCGCUCCCAGGUCUCUCCUCCUGCCAUGGCUAUGAUGAAAUUGACCUGGGACACGGAGCUGGAGGCUGAUGCUCAAUCCCAUGCAGAGAAGUGCAUCUGGGAGCACGAGGAGAGUGGCAGACACAAGGAAAACCUCUUUGCUAUGGCCCCAACCCUGGACCUCAAACAUGCUGUGGCAGAAUGGAACGAGGAGAGGAAAUUCUACAGCUUGUUAACAUCCAAAUGUCACCCUGGGCAACUACAGUGUGCCAACUACAAACAGAUGGUCUGGGCAGACACGGAACACAUCGGCUGCGGGGCAAAGCUUUGUGAGAAGAUCGAAGGAAAGGAAACAGAGAACAUGCACCUGCUGGUUUGCAAGUAUUUUCCCUGGGGUAAUGGGAGUAUCCGGAAGCCCUACUGGAAAGGACCCCCGUGUUCAAUGUGUCCCAAGGGCACAGUCUGUGUGAACAACCUGUGUGGUGA